AUGUUUCUUGCGUUCAAAGCCGCCGAGGAUAGCGAACAGGUUCUGCGGAACCCAAAGCAGAAAAGACGAAGUGAACGACUCAGCCGAAGGGGCUCUACCCCGCGCGCUUGCACUUCAUGUCGUCGUCGCAAAGUCAAGUGUAAUGGCGAGAGGCCUUGUGAAGCUUGUCGAUGGUACAAGAAGCCUGAGCAGUGUUGGUAUUCGGAACCUCGACCAUCGCAAAGUCAAUUAGAGGAAUCGAGGACAAACUCACCCGACUAUCGAAAUGCGCUUGAAAGACUAUUUCCAGACACCGCCCCCGAGGACAUCGUUCAUCUAUCAAGAGAUGAUUUGUUGAAUCUGGUGGCAACAGGCCGGUCCCAGUAUGCGCAACAUCAACAUACUCCGACUGUUUCUGCGUCCACUGACACGCACGGCUCUGCAUUGUCAAUGGAAAGACCUGGUCUUGAGUCCCUGCAUUCGAUUCCCGAAGAACGGUUCGGCGAAGCUCAAGGCACAAGUGCCUCCGAAUCAACCGGACAUGUUUCAGACGACGUCAAUGCGCUAUCCUUAACGGCACGACACCCGACCUCCUACCUAGGUGUCUCAUCCAUUCAAGCCGCAUUGAAGGUCAUUGCGUGGAUUCAUCCAGCAAUUGACUCGUAUUUCUCUCAAUCCUUGUCUGAAGAGCAAGGUAGUCAGCCAAGCAACCCACUGCACCCAUCACUCGCGACACCGCAGGCUCGACUCCCUCCCACAAAAAUGGAAUUGUUAGAUGCGUACUUUGUCAACUUUCAACCAUUUGCCCCAGUGCUGGAUGAAGACGCUUUCCGCACGACCUAUUUAGUUGGGCAGCGAAAGGAUGAUCGCUGGCUAGCGUUACUCAACAUAGUACUCGCGUUAGGGAGUAUCACCACCGCAGGCGCAGAUAAAUAUGCUUACCGGGCGUAUUUCGAGCGUUCAAUGAGUCAUUUGAACUUACGUUCGUUGGGGACCCCUAGCCUCGAAGUCGUCCAGGCAUUAGGAUUGAUCGGUGGUUGGUACUGUCACUAUGCCAACCAGCCCAACCUCGCGUACUCGCUUAUGGGUUCGUCUUUGCGGAUGGCGGUUACUUUAGGCCUGCAGCGGGAACCAUCUGAUAAUCACUUAGCGCCGAACGGAAUGAGGCCUGGCAGCCAGGAGUUCAGACGGCGUGUCUGGUGGUCGCUUUGCUGUUUGGAGACUUGGGGUAACGAAACGCUCGGCCGACCAAGCAUGGAUUUCUUUGGUCCGAGCAUCACGGUCAAUUUGCCUAGCAGGCUUGACAAGGAGACCUAUUUCGAAAUUCUUCCCCUUACGGAGAACGUCCGUUUCGUGAAGAUCGCCUCAAAGAUCCAUGAACUAUUAGCUGCGCUGCCAAUUCUAGCGCACAAGGAGAUGCUUGAUAUGGACACACAGCUCCUUGAGUGGUGGCACGAUCUACCACCGGUCCUGAAGGACUACGAACCCUGCCCGGAUUCACUGUACGCCGUGCGCACUGUGAUGCGCUGGCGAUUUUACAACCAGCGCAUGCUACUAUAUCGCCCAACACUACUUAAUUACGCAAUGCGCCGAGUCCCAUUUAUGGCCAUCCGCGUUGAAGAGCGCACCGCUAUUCAGAAGUGUCACGAAAUCGCAGCACUUUGUAUUCAGGACAUUUCGUCAACAACCAGGGUGGAUCAAAUGGUCGGCUGGAACGCCAUUUGGCUUUUAUUUCAGGCCACCAUGGUCCCAUUGAUUUGUAUGGCUGCCGGCGUCGCCGAUGACGAUUCCGGUGCUAUGUUCGAAGCGUGCAAGACUCAGGUUGAAACGGCUAUUUUGACCUUGAGCCGCCUGAGACCCUACGGACACACCGCAGGACGGUCUCUUGAGGUCAUUUCCGGCAUUCUUGAGGCUAAUCUGCGUAGUACUAGCGCAGAGCCGCUUGGUGCAUACAGAGGUCGCCAUAGUGCUCAGAACUCUCCUCUUCCAAAUGCUUCAAAUCUUGGUCAACCUGUUGCCCGUGAUCGCAUUUCGGAUUGGACUGCUACUUCGUUUGAGACUCUUUCGUCGCAGUACAUGUGGGAGUACUUGAGCUGGGACCACAGCGAUCUCUGGCCUGAGAUUCUUGAUCCUAUUGCACAGGAUGGCAACAUGGUCAUGUCGCUUUUGGACUCACCGACGGAACAUACAUGA